GGCAAGGGACGUGCAAGACUUAACUAGCAAGCUAAAGGGUUAAGUAGCAGUAAUCUAGUUGUAGAAGGAAAGCGGAGGAACGUGAAAGUCAAGCAAUGUACUCAUGGAGAUCCAUUAAAUCGUGACUUAUGCUGCAAACGGAGGCCGCCAAUGUACCCUGGGCUUCAGGACAAUGCAGAGUGUCGAGGAUCGAGUGACUCUCCUCUCUGCUCUCACUAUGGCCCAGGAAGGGGACUUGGGACAGCAGCUGCAGGGAAGCGCCUUGGACCAGCCAGAAGAGAUCCUUCACCUUCCAAAUAUCCAUACCUUGAUGGAUCCCUCUCCUGCCGAUAAUAGCCAUUUGCAGAAGGAAUUCUUCUCCCUUAAGAUCAGGAACUGUCCUCUGUUCAACGCUGUCCCGCUUCCCCACAUUGGAAAAAAAGUCCUGCCAGACCUGAGCCAGGUAUCCAACAGGGUUGUGUCUUCCAAGGAAUCCCUCAAUCUGCAUUUCUUACCGGAAAACCAGCUCUUGGAGAAGAUCUUCAGCUACUUUGACAGCACUUCAGUAGCAGCUUGGCAGGAGAGAGCGCAGGGUGUCCUUCGCGAGCUGGGCCACUGGAGCGCCGCCCGAGAAAACUUUGUACAAUUUGCACACUUCUGGCUGUUUGAGCUCCAGUACGACCAGAAGCAACAGCUGUUGGAACUGGAACUGGGGGUGAUUGAAGAUGAAGUGCAUCUUGCCUUCCUCAAAGGAUUGGACUCUAAGGACCUUCAGCCUUCGGAGUUGAGUUCCAUUCUCUUGGUCGCCCUGAGUGAAUAUCCGGUGGGGUUGGCCAGUAACCAGCACCCCUACAUUUUCCUAGAUUACUUGAACCUCAUGUCUUCGCCCAACACAUCCGGAUACAGGGAAAUGCUUUCCAACAUACAGUACCCCAGCAAAAACCCUCAGAUCACUCAGUGGCUGCUGGCGAUCCGGGAAUUUGCCCUUGCAAAUCUCUGGCACGCUAUGGUCAAGUUCUAUAAGGCAUUGGUCAGUACCCAGAUCUCUUCUGAAGCAGCCAUCAAGGUUCCCACUUCGUCUCCCAGACAAGAAGCCACGGAAGUCAUGAAAGAAAGAGCUCUGCAGGCCGUCCAGUGGGGCUAUGCUGAUGUCUUGGAUUAUCUGGUCAGAAGUCAGAAGCUGGACCUGAGCAUCGUGGAUGAAAAGAACCGCAAUCUCUUAUUUUUAGCCACUAUCUAUGACCAGUCUAAGAUUCUGGAGUAUUUUCUUGAAAUGGCUCUCCCCGUACCUGACAUAAACCAAGCAGCCGAAAAUGGGAACACCCCACUCCAUGCUGCAGUGAACACUGGCAAAAUGCACCUGAUUUCUCUCCUUUUACACUACCCUGGAAUUAAUGUGAACGUCCAAAAUCCCCAGUGCGAUGGGGCAACUCCAUUGCACUUGGCAAUUGUUUAUGGGCAUCUGGGAAUUUGCUAUUUAUUGCUGAACGCUGCCGCAGAUGUGAACAGUGUCAUGGCAGGCCUGACCCCUCUGCAGCUUGCCGAAACGUUUGGGAAUGAAACCAUCACCGGCUUGAUCAAAAUGCACGUGAAGAAAACUCAGCUCGAAAACACCAUCUUCGCUCGAUCCGCCUCCGAAGGAAAUCCUAUCGAAUUUUAAAAAAUGUGUCUUUUCUAUUUUUUUUUUCUUUUCCCUUUUUAUAGUAAAGCUUCUUUUCAAACUCGGGACGUGUUUUUCCUUCAACCUGUUGUGUCGUUGCUGUUAUUAAUUCCAAUCACACCUCCUCGCCUUCUAAAUUCCACUUUAGUGCUACCCUCUUGGAGGUGAUGUCUGGAUUUUCUCGUCGUGCGAGUUUUGCAAUUCAACUUGGAGGCAACAGGGGAAAACGGUUGGAAGAAAAAUUAGACUGCUUUUUUGG